UCCUGGUACUUCAGAGUCUCCAUCCUGGUUUCUCAAGUGCCCGGACCCAAAACAGGAAGUUUGAGUAUGAGCACAGUUGAAGAAGAGUCUGACACAGUGACAGUAGAAACCGUGAACUCUGUGACUUUGACCCAGGACACCGAAGGGAACCUUAUACUUCAUUGCCCCCAGAAUGAAGCUGAUGAAGUAGACUCAGAAGACAGCACUGAACCUCCACACAAGAGACUUUGCUUAUCAUCAGAGGAUGAUCAGAGUAUUGAUGAUUCCACUCCAUGCAUUUCUGUUGUUGCAGUUCCAAUUUCAGAAAAUGAUCAGAGCUUUGAGGUGACCAUGACUGCUACCACUGAGGUAGCAGAUGAUGAGAUUAAUGAAGGAACUGUUACUCAGAUCCAGAUUCUUCAGAAUGAACAACUGGAUGAAAUCUCUCCUCUAGGCAGUGAAGAAGUGUCAGCUGUUAGUCAAGCCUGGUUUACAACCAAAGAGGAUAAGGAUUCUCUAACAAACAAAGGCCAUAAAUGGAAGCAGGGAAUGUGGUCGAAGGAAGAAAUCGACAUUUUGAUGAGUAACAUUGAACGUUAUUUAAAGGCCCGUGGAAUAAAAGAUGCCACCGAAAUUAUCUUUGAGAUGUCAAAAGAUGAACGAAAAGAUUUCUACAGGACCAUAGCAUGGGGUCUGAACCGGCCUCUCUUUGCAGUUUAUAGAAGAGUUCUUCGCAUGUAUGAUGACAGAAACCAUGUUGGAAAGUAUACUCCUGAAGAAAUUGAAAAGCUCAAGGAGUUAAGAAUAAAGCAUGGUAAUGAUUGGGCAACAAUAGGUGCUGCACUGGGAAGAAGUGCUUCAUCUGUAAAAGAUCGAUGUAGGCUGAUGAAGGACACCUGCAACACAGGAAAAUGGACAGAAGAAGAAGAAAAGAGGCUAGCAGAAGUGGUACAUGAGCUAACCAGCACGGAGCCAGGUGACAUUGUCACACAAGGGGUAUCGUGGGCUGCUGUGGCAGAACGGGUCGGAACACGCUCUGAAAAGCAAUGCCGCUCCAAAUGGCUUAACUAUCUGAACUGGAAACAGAGUGGCGGAACUGAGUGGACUAAGGAGGAUGAAAUAAAUCUAAUCUUGAGGAUAGCAGAGCUUGAGGUGUCCGAUGAAAAUGAAAUCAAUUGGGAUCUACUGGCUGAAGGAUGGAGCAGUGUCCGCUCACCACAGUGGCUUCGGAGUAAAUGGUGGACAAUUAAAAGACAGAUUGCAAACCACAAAGAUGUUUCAUUCCCUGUGCUAAUAAAAGGUCUUAAACAGCUGCAUGAGAACCAAAAAAACAACCCAGGGCACCAGCUUUCGGAAAACAAAUCUGGAAGUGGGUUAUCAAACGCUCAUUCCAAUUCAGGGGUUCAGCACGUACAGAUUCGAGUGGCUCACUUGGAAGAGAAUGCAGGCAACUCUCCGAGUCCUAUGGCAGCUUUGCAGAUUCCAGUCCAGAUUACUCAUGUCUCCUCAGCUGAUUCUCCUGCUGCUGCUGUCGACUCUGAGACAAUAACACUGAAUAGUGGAACACUACAGACCUUUGAGAUUCUCCCAUCCUUCCAUCUCCAGCCUACUGGAACUCCCGGCACUUACUUACUACAGACAAGCUCAAACCAAGGCCUUCCUUUAACACUGACUACCAGUCCCACAGUGACCCUGACAGCUGCUGCUGCUCCUGCCUCCCCAGAACAGAUCAUAGUCCAUGCCUUAUCCCCAGAACAUUUGCUGAACGCAAGUGAUAAUGUCACAGUGCAGUGCCACACACCGAGUGUCAUAAUUCGCACUGUUGCUACUGAAGACAUCUCCUCCGUAACCCAGGCAGAACUUACUGUCGAUUCACAUAUUCAGUCAGCUGACCUGACAGAUCCUCCAAGUACCCUGGAAGCAGAUACUUUUCCACAUGACAUCCAUCAGUCCAAGCUGAGUGAUGAAGAGCAGUCUGCCUACAUUGACGAUGACUCCUCCAAAUUCAGUAGCAGAAAUAGCACCGAACUGUUAGAUGGGGUGAUGGUAAGAACUGAAGAGGAGAUUUCAGAUACAGACCUCAAACGUGAAGAGGAUUCCCACUCCAAUUUAACUGACACUUACGUCACUGAGGACCUAGGUUCUCCAGCCAUAGAAGAACAAGUUGAUCAGUCUGCAAUAGACGAUGAAACUGUCCUUAUUGUUCCUUCACCCCAUGGUUUUAUCCAGACAUCAGAUGAUAUAGACAAUGAAUCAGUCUUACCUCUGACAACAUUAACAGAUCCUAUAUUGCAACACCAUGGAGAGGGAUCACACAUUAUUGGCUCGUGUUUGGACAGUCCUGAUUCUGAAGAUUCAAAGGAUGUUGAAGACUUAGUGAGUUGUCACUAA